AUGUCCUCCGAUGAAGAAACCAUCCCCGAUGACGAUGGAUUACCGUACCUCGGUGAAUAUGAGGGAGAACGAAAUGAAUUAGAUGAGCGGCAUGGUUUUGGAAGAGCGAAGCUGCCUAGCGGAGACACUUACGAGGGAAAUUAUGAAAAUGGCAAGCGACAUGGACACGGAGUUUACAGGUAAAUAAACUUUUUGCCUAGAAUUUCAUUUUCUCUGUCCGUCAAAUGUUGUGAUUCCUCAUAAUCUCCAUUUGGCAAAAUCUAAAAGCAAACAGCAUCGCAAGGAAUUUAUGACUAGUUGUACAUGUUUGAUUCUAUGAUAGCUCAGCUUCAGGUCACACUUAGGUAGUGUUUAGCCUGAAAAAGACUCAAUUAACGUAUCUUAAUGUACAGUAAUGAAAUGUGACAAUUUUUAAUAUGUUCUGCGCUUUUCAAAUAGUAGAAAUAAAGACAAGAGGCAGUGAAGAGGAUUUGAUUCAUCUAACAGAACUAGAUAAUAUUUAAUCAAAGUAAUGUUUCGUGAUCCUUUGGGGGACCAUUUCCUCUGUAGAGCAGUAGCAGUUGGAUUUUACCUUAGUUUUGUUUUGGGUGAGCAAUAUUGGCUAUAAACAUACAAACAACAAUUUAAUGCUUCAAAGAGAGGGAAUUAGUCUUCUAACACUUUUAUCAAAUGCUGCCGAAUUGUUCGAUUUAAGCGUGACUUAUCGAAAGCCGGAAAGUAUGGUAAACUUGGUUAAGAGAAUGGUUUACCUCCGGAACUGAGGGGAUACUGUUAUGCAGUUUCUAAUGACGUUUUUGUAGUUCAGAUCACUUUUAGCAAUAGUGAUCAAUAGUGAUCAACAGUGUAAACAUAUUCACAGAAAAAGAGACAUGUAGAAUGCCGUGACUCUUCACAGCAGGAAAUGAUUUAAUCACGUCAUGUGAAGUCAUGCAUCGUUUUAGAUCUAUCUCGUCCAAAUCUCUUCAAAGAAACUCUUUUGGGUGCCACUUGAGCCUGGAGGGAAGAGACCAGACCACAAAACCUGAGAAAUGAGAGCGUCAGUCUCGCGUGUUAAGCGUCCUCCCUACCCUGUCUUGUCCAGCUCCUGCAAUAAUUCCCCUUUGCAUUGGGGUGGUGGAGAGAGGAGGUGUACCUUUAUUAUUUGGAAGAUUUUCAGUCAAGACCCCCGCAUCGCCUAAUAGUGAAGCCCUUUUUUAUGCCCGGGGGAUACUCCUUUAUAUAAGCCAUACAGGUCUGUGCCGCCCCAAAGGGUAUGGUUUUUGCGUCGUUUUGGUUGUGCCAGCAAAGAAUUGAAGGAGGACGAGUGUAUCACUUGUCUCGCGCCGCACCAUAUCAAUUUCAUACGCGGCGGAGUACUACAGGUUUUACAGUCUAGUACCUCAGAUUACUCGAUGCGAUAUAAUUUGCAGGUUCAAAAUUGGAGCACGUUACACAGGAAAUUACGUAGAGGGCAAGAAAAACGGCGAAGGUGUCUUCUUGUAUCCUGAUGGAUCCAAAUACGAUGGGUCCUGGAUCAACGAUCUGCGGAACGGUUGGGGUACUUACACCUACCCUAACGGGGAUACUUACGAAGGGGAGUGGUAUCAGGGAGUUCGUCACGGCCAGGGGACCUAUACCUACAAUGAAACGGGCUCUCACUAUGAGGGAACGUGGUUCCACGGCAAGAUGCAAGAUGAAGGUCACCUAGUGCACUCAAAUCACAGAUACAUUGGUAAUUUUGAAGAAAACAGGCCCAGGGGACCAGGAAAGUACGUGUUCGACUCCGCAUGUGUACAGUUGGGUAAGUAUGUAUGGAAAGAAGAGGAAAACCAAGGCGAGCACGAAGAAGAUGAAGCUGAGAUUUUGGUUACGCCCAUGUGGGAAGGAAAACAGAUUUGCGCUAUCGAGGAAGAGGAAAUGGCAUAG